GUCAGUUCCGGUUGUCUUGCUGAGUCGGAAGUGAGAACCUUUUGGUCGCUGUGGCUGUGAGGUGUCGUCGUUCCUGCCUUUUCAGGCUCUGGUACUUUAAUUUUCAUGUGUAAGCUCAAUGACUAAGUCUAACCUGGAAUCUCCCACCGAGGUUCUCAUCAGGCGAUCGAUCGGCCCUCCUUUUUUCCUCCGUUCCCCUAGGGCUGGAUGGAGGAUACCUUGAAGUGAAAUGACAGACCAGGAGAAUAACAACAACAUCUCAAGUAACCCCUUUGCUGCUCUUUUUGGCUCCCUGGCUGAUGCCAAGCAGUUUGCAGCAAUCCAAAAAGAGCAGCUGAAGCAGCAGUCCGGUAGCGUGUUUGGUUCUGAGGAAGGAGCAUUGUGUAACAGCUUACGUGUUCUGGCAGAUGAGCUCCCAGCAAGCCCAAAUGACUCGGAUAAUAGUGUGUCAGAGAGCCUGGAUGAAUUUGACUACUCAGUGUCUGAGAUCAGCCGCUCCUUCCGGACACACCAAGAAAUGUGUGAGCAACUCAACAUCAAUCACAUGAUCCAGAGGAUCUUCCUCAUUACUCUGGACAACAGUGAUCCGAGCUUGAAGAGUGGGAACGGCAUCCCCAGUCGCUGCGUGUACCUGGAAGAAAUGGCUGUCGAGCUGGAAGAUCAAGACUGGCUUGACAUGAGCAAUGUUGAGCAGGCCAUCUUUGCUCGGUUAUUGCUUCAAGAUCCAGGAAACCACUUGAUCAGCAUGACUUCCUCCACAACUUUAAAUCUCUCUGCUGAUCGUGAUGCAGGAGAGAGGCGCAUCUUCUGUUACCUUUACUCCUGCUUCCAAAGAGCCAAGGAAGAGAUUACCAAAGUUCCAGAAAACCUACUGCCCUUUGCAGUGCAGUGCAGAAACCUCACUGUGUCCAACACUCGAACAGUCCUCCUCACCCCAGAGAUCUAUGUUGACCAAAACAUCCAUGAGCAACUGGUAGAUAUGAUGUUGGAAGCUAUUCAGGGAGCCCAUUUUGAAGAUGUAGCUGAGUUUUUGGAGGAGGUCAUUGAAGCCUUGCUGUUGGAUGAGGAGGUUCGAACAUUUCCUGAAGUCAUGAUUCCAGUGUUUGAUAUUUUACUUGGCCGAAUAAAAGAUCUGGAGCUCUGCCAGAUCCUCCUGUAUUCAUAUCUGGACAUUCUUCUCUAUUUCACCAGGCAGAAGGAUAUGGCCAAGGUUUUUUUAGAAUACAUUCAGCCCAAGGACCCCAGCAAUGGGCAGAUGUAUCAGAAGACCUUGCUGGGAGUCAUUCUGAAUAUCUCGUGCCUGUUAAAGACUCCGGGUGUGAUAGAGAAUCACGGCUUCUUCCUGAAUCCAUCCCGGUCCAGUCCUCAGGAGAUCAAAGUACAGGAGGCCAACAUCCAUCAGUUCAUGGCUCAGUUCCAUGAGAAGAUCUACCAGAUGCUGAAGAACUUGCUCCAGCUCUCUCCAGAAACCAAGCAUUGGAUCCUGUUCUGGCUUGGAAACUGUUUGCAUGCAAAUGCAGGCCGCACCAAGAUCUGGGCCAAUCAGAUGCCUGAAAUCUUCUUCCAAAUGUAUGCCUCAGAUGCCUUCUUUCUGAAUCUGGGUGCUGCCCUCCUGAAGCUGUGCCAGCCAUUCUGCAAACCCAGGUCCUCCCGGCUCCUCACCUUUAACCCCACGUACUGUGUCCUCAAGGACUUGAAUGAUGAAGAACGGAAAAUUAAAAGUGUACAUAUGAGAGGUUUGGACAAGGAGACCUGUCUGAUCCCAGCUGUGCAGGAGCCAACGUUCCCCCAGAGCUACAACCUUGUGACAGAGAACCUGGCCCUGACAGAGUAUACCUUGUACUUGGGAUUUCACAGGUUGCAUGAUCAGAUGGUAAAAAUCAACCAGAACCUGCAUCGGCUGCAGGUUGCCUGGCGGGACGCUCAGCAGAGUUCCAGCCCUGCUGCUGACAGUCUCCGUGAGCAGUUCGAACGCCUGAUGACCAUCUAUCUCUCCACCAAGACUGCCAUGACUGAACCCCAGAUGCUGCAAAAUUGCCUGAAUCUGCAGGUGUCCAUGGCUGCUCUGCUGGUUCAACUGGCCAUAGGCAAUGAGGGCUCCCAGCCAAUCGAGCUGAGUUUUCCUUUGCCAGAUGGCUACAGCUCUUUGGCUUAUGUGCCAGAAUUUUUUGCAGAUAACCUGGGUGAUUUCCUCAUUUUUCUCCGGCGCUUUGCUGAGGACAUCUUGGAGACGUCAGCAGAUUCCCUGGAGCAUGUCCUUCGUUUUAUCACCAUUUUCACUGGAAGCAUAGAAAGAAUGAAGAAUCCCCACCUGAGGGCCAAACUAGCAGAGGUGUUAGAAGCAGUGAUGCCUCACCUGGACCAGACCCCAAGCCCCUUGGUGUCCAGUGUGUUCCACCGGAAACGUGUGUUCUGCAACUUUCCAUAUGCUCCCCAACUUUCAGAAGCCUUGAUCAAGGUGUUUGUGGACAUUGAGUUUACAGGGGACCCCCAUCAGUUUGAACAGAAGUUUAAUUACCGCCGCCCUAUGUAUCCCAUCCUGAGAUACAUGUGGGGGACAGAUUGCUAUCGGGAGAGCAUUAAGGAUCUGGCUGACUAUGCCUCUAAGAAUUUAGAAGCUAUGACUCCCCCACUGUUCCUCCGAUUUCUUAACCUGUUAAUGAAUGAUGCUAUCUUCCUUCUGGAUGAAGCCAUACAGUAUUUGAGCAAGAUAAAGAUUCAGCAGAUCGAGAAAGACCGAGGAGAAUGGGAGAGUCUGACACCAGAAGCCCGCCGAGAGAAAGAGGCAGGUCUGCAGAUGUUUGGGCAGCUGGCACGUUUCCAUAACAUCAUGUCCAAUGAAACAAUUGGCACCCUUUCCUUCCUGACGUCAGAGAUCAAGUCACUGUUCGUGCACCCGUUCCUGGCUGAGCGCAUCAUCUCCAUGCUGAACUACUUCCUGCAGCACCUGGUUGGCCCCAAGAUGGGUGCUCUCAAAGUCAAGGACUUCAGCGAGUUUGACUUCAAACCUCAGCAGCUUGUGUCAGACAUCUGCACUAUCUACUUAAACCUUGGGGACGAGGAGAAUUUCUGUGCCACUGUGCCCAAGGACGGACGUUCCUAUUCUCCUACUCUGUUUGCACAGACAGUCCGGGUCCUGAAGAAGAUCAAUAAGCCUGGGAAUGUGAUUGUGGCUUUCAGUAACCUGGCAGAGAGAAUCAAGUCUCUUGCAGACCUCCAACAACAAGAAGAGGAGACAUAUGCAGAUGCCUGUGAUGAGUUCCUGGAUCCCAUCAUGAGCACACUGAUGUCUGACCCUGUGGUGCUUCCAUCUUCCAGAGUCACUGUGGACAGAUCCACCAUCGCCAGGCAUUUACUCAGUGACCAAACAGAUCCUUUUAACCGUAGUCCUCUUACCAUGGACCAGAUCCGGCCAAACACAGAACUGAAAGAAAAAAUUCAGCGGUGGCUCGCAGAGAGGAAGCAGCAAAAGGAGCAACUUGAAUAAACACUGUGAACUCUCCGCCAUGAACAGCCCCAGGGUGGAGACACUUGCCUGUCGUUUCUCUCUUUCUGGCUCUGGUCCUUUCCUUUUUCUUUCUUUGUUUUACUUUUUUGUUUUUGUUUUAUUCCUUUUUUUGGUUUUGGUUUUGGUUUACUUCAUUCUUUUAAAUUAGAAAAUUGUUCUUGUGCAAAUUAUGAUAAUUACGAUUCUUAAGACUUUGUUGUUUCCUUGGCUUACAGGAAACUCUCCCCUCACAGUGUCUUUGUAAGUCAUCACUAAUCUUCAGCCUUGGUUUUCCUAUUCCUCUUGUUUCCUUUUCUGCCCUAAAUUAUAUUAAGUCCAACAACAAAAUGUCCUGCCAUUUUAUUCUUUCCCUUCCCAAGUACUGUUAAGACACUUUUUAGUGAGCACUUCUUUUAAGUCUAUGAUGUCAGCUACUUCAGUGACAGCUGAUAACAUCCAAAAACCCUCCUGUCCUGUGAAUUUACUAGCCCAUAAGGUCUGGACUUAAGCACCUGGCCUUACUGUAGCUCUGUAAUAUUACAGAGUAACUUUCGAGAUAAAUGCAAAUACCUUAGUGUGUGUGUAGAUUUUUUGGCUGAUGGAGAAGAUGAGGGGAUCUUAUACAACUUUUGUAUUAUCUUGUCACUUAAAGAUAAAUCACAAACACUCCUAUGAGGAUCUCACCACCAAAAACGUGUAGCUGCACAAUCUUGCAGUGCGUGACAGUAAUGUGUGGACCUUGCAAUAAGAGGAUAAAUAAGAAGCUGUUGGGCCCUUUUCUCUUUUGUGCUCCAAGGACUAGGCCUGGGUAAAAUAGGCAAUAAAUAUUGUAUCUAUAUGGAAAUGUCAUCUUAGGACACUUAAUGCAGUAUAUCUCACUAUGUAUGUGUUAAACAUACAAAUACUGUGUCCUUUUUUUUUUAUUGGUCUCACUUAAUUGAGUGCCACAUUAUCUAUCAUGUCUUCCUGGGUAAGAUUUAAGUCAUAUGUAGCAGUGUGUGCUCACUUGUUCUAGUCAGGUGAAACCUGAAGACUACAAUGUAUAUAGCUAGUGUUUGGACUGUGACCUGCCUUCUAAGAGCUGCUGAUCUAGCCUCAGUUAAUCAGUUAACAAAGUAGAGACUGAAGCAAAGUCUUGCCCCAAACCACUUUAAAUACCUACUUCUCUCUGGGUAGUUAAUAAGUGGUUCUGCCCCACUUCUCCAGCUGUUUUGCUCUAAGAGGCUCAGUCCUUUGUGGGAUGUUUGUGUAUCAGUCUCAGUCUCAGCCCAGAGGUGUAAAGGACAAGAAAAUGUGGCUGUGGCUUCUUUUACAGAGCAUUACUGUUACAAAAGCAGCGUUUCCGUAUUCCAGCACAAGUUGCUGUAAGCAGUCCUUUGUGUAUUUUCUCUUGUUGGUAUCAACUGGAAAACUUGUGAUUAGAGAGAGUGUGUCACUCUGGCUAUUGAAAGAUUUUCCCUGUUGUGAACAGGGAAGCCUCAGGCAUAUCUGUAAAUACCAGAAGGUUAGGACGGACGGACUCAGUAUACCCCUGGGCCUUUAGGUCUAUGUUAACAGGAUUUCUUUUCUUCAAAUGAACUUCAUUUCCUGUGUGUAGCAUUCUCCUUUCCCUCUCUGGGAAUAAACUGCAUAUGAAAUAAGCUUCUACCUGCUGCUCUUACUUUUCCAAAGCUAAUGUGUGAGGAUGCUUUUACGCUCUUAUUUGAAAAUGAGGGAAGACCCAAGUUUUGCAGGUGAAAACUGGAGGAAACUGGGUACAAACCCUCCAGAAGACAACUGUUCUAGCAGCUUUCUAGCCAGUGAGCUCCGUGCCGCCUCUAGCAUCUCUGUGUUCUGCUUCUGAACCGAACCCUCAGAUUGUAAGCCUUUUUUGGCAAGUUUGUGUUUUGUUUUGUUGUUUAAGCUCUUCUGAUACUUUUCUAUGAAUGGCUGUGACACCACCGAAGCUGCUGAAUACCUUUAAUCACAAAAGCAAGUGUGUAGCUUAAGGCCACUGUUGGUGAGGAAACCAAGUGUCCUCUGUGCCUUCUUCCUUUCUGUGAACUAAUUUAAAGACAUCCAGAAAAAAAAAAAAAAAAAAACUUUAAAGACUCUCAUCCUGGUACAGUAAGAUGCAUGUGUGCAUUUGCAAAGGUCAAAGGGCGCCUUGUCUGGAACUCCACAGCAGCUGUAAAUCUGUUAAGACUUCCUGACAUACCGAGUUUCACAAGAUGACUUUGCUGGAGUACAAAAGGAAAGUGAAGACUUCAGUCAGCUCAUAACUCACCAAGAGGCUAAUACUAAACUUGGAAAAUUAUUUAAAGUUCAGGCAGUUGUUUGUUUAUUUAAUAUAGCUUGCUGUGGGUGUGUGAAAAUUGAGGGACACUUGAGAAGUAGCCUAACAGUGCAGGUGAAGGUGCCAGUUGCUGCUCAGUACCCCACUCUACAAAAGCUUCAUUUAUUUAUUUGGUUCUGGUUGCUAAGCAGCCAUCCGGCAAAGCCUAAGCCUACUGGGUACCGUGACAAGGCAGACUGAUGCUGCACCGCUGUCAUGUGGGGAAAUAGUGCACAAGUUCUAACUGCUAAAUGGGAAAAGAACCUAGAGACAGAAAAUGAAGAACAAAACAGCAAAACUCCAUCAACAAUUGUUAUUUGAAACAUUCCAGGAAAGUUACUUUUUGUCAGACUUGCCUGGGGAGGGGGGAGUUGCUCAAAACUUGUAUUUAAUAAAUGAGCACCUGACUUACC